GAACAAAAUGACAACUUCUUUGUCCAUUUCUGAACCAGCCAGGUUUCUCAAAGCCCUGCAGACCACCACAUAUUCAAAUGCCAGAAAUUUUUUAAAUAAAUCUUCUGAGGGGCAACCCGUGCCAUAAAUUUCUGGAUGUGCCCAAUGGAUCACAUAAAUCCCAUUUUCUUAUUUUCUUUUUGAUUUUCUGGGUGCCAUCAAAUUUUACUUUUUUCAAUGUGUUUUUGUAUACUCCAACCAAAUCCCAUCACCCAUGAAAAACCUAUGGCUUUAGAAGUCGGGCGAUGGAUAAGCAGAAGAUGUUUUGACGGGUUCACAAAAUAGGAGAGAUUCAGCCUCAGGAGCUUGUGUUCUAGACUGGGUUACCCUCAAGCAUCGUCAUAGACUGUCUAAUGGCUUGUCAUGCUUACCUUCCUGGGUUUGUCUUCCACCCCGAACUGGGCAUGUGUAGGGUUACCAAGGACUGCCAGCCUGUUUGGCUGAGUCCUGGAGCAAGGCAAGAGAUGGUUAGAUCUGGAACCCACACUCUGGGGCCACACCAAUGCAAAGAACCUUGGAAAACCAUGAGUGGGCCAUUAGAGCAUAACCAACUUAUCAAGAUUGACCCAACUGUCAGAAUGCCUGUGCUUAUCAACAUUCAAGACACUCACCCGGUCCCAGUCUUGUUUAGCUUGGGAAUUGCUGAACACUGCACAAGGCAUGAAAAAAUCUUGCAGUUCCUUAUGUCUAGCUCAAGGGAUGUGGAGAAAAGUGGACUAGAUGCAUCUCUGCUGUCUGACUUGAUGGGGAGUCAGGCAUUAACAAUUGACAUGCAUUUCCAGUCAUUUGCUAGUACUGAUCAUGGAUGUAGUUAUCAAGAACCCAAUGCUAAACCUUCCCUCAUUUACCCACCUAAUAUAUUUUACGCCCAGAAGUCUGUUUUGGAUUUUGUUGGGGAUUUGGCCUAUGGUACAAAAACGAAAUUUCAUUCAGAUGGCCAAGUCUUAUUCACAGGCACUGUGGGUGAGAUGAAGGAUCUACUUUUGAUUGUCACCCAGUUAUACUUAAAAAACUCAACUAAGUGGAGAAAGCAGCCACUUCUAGUUCCACAUUUUGACAGGUUUGAUAGUAAUGAAGAAUUGGGAAAUAUUCAUGGGUCUUCACUGAAGCUUGAAGCUGUGAAAAUUGCUCCUUUAAAGAGUCCUCAGAAAAUCAAGCUCAAGCCAGCACCAAAAAAGAAAAGCACUCGGAAAGUUGGAAGGGAGAGGGAUCUUUACAGAGAGAAUUACUUCCAUGCAUGCGAGAGCCUUCUAUCCUUAAUGAUGAACAGGAGGCAGCAAGGGAAAAUGGCAUUCAUUUCACUGAAGAAAUCUGGCCCUGAACUAUCUCAUUUCCUGACUCAGUUUUCUGCUGGCAUUGCUGGGACUGGCCUCGCUGUUAUUUUCUCCAUCUUUUGCAAGGUAGCUUGCAGGAGGGUACCUUUCUGUGCAUCCAGACUCCUUAACACUGGAUUUGGUUUUGGGCUGCUUUGGCUUUCUGGGGCAGUAAAUAGAUUGAGGAAAACAAUUGUCUGUAUCAGCAAGAAUUCAAGCAAGAUGAGUUUGAAGGAAGAGGAAAUGAUGAGAAGAGUGGACAGAAGUCUAAAUGAAAUUUUCUUUAGAGCUGCAGCAUUGAUGGCUGUGGUGGUGCUGAGGCUUGCAUGAACCAAGGUAAGAGAAUGGAAAUACAAGGAAAUAUAAGAGCCUGUUUAGUACUUUAGUUGUGAAAAAUAGUUUAUAGUCUUCUAUUUCAAAUUUUUUUAAAUUACAAAAAUGCCACUUUGUUUUCUAAUUGUCCAACAUUUACAUAAAAACUUGGAAAAUAGCUGUAAUAUAUAUAUAUAUAUAUUCCAAUUUUCUAUACAAAUGAUGGAAAACUGAAAUACAAAAUGACAUUUUUGUAAUUAUUUAAAGAUGAAAAAAAAAAAGUAGAAAAUAAACUAUUUUUCACAACUAAACAGGUGCUUAACAGUCCAAGAGGUUCUGAGGGGGAGAUUAUGAGAGUGGAUUGUAAAUGCCCUGGUUGAGUAUUUUGAUUGGAUGGAUUGCUUGAGAUCUGUUGGGUUGGUUGAAAUGCAUGCCUAAAGAUGAUCGUUUAAAUCAUACAUAGUACAAGAUGAUAAAAAAUUGUUUGAAAUCAAACAAUCUGGCCUUGACAUUGCCGCAGAUUCAUAAGAGCUUAGGCAGUCUGAUCUCUGUUCAACUAGUUUUGCUGCAGUUGUGUUUUGGUAACUAGGAUGUGAAUAUCUAUAAUGUAGGCUAUCUUAGUUAACUACUAAAAUGAGAAGUUUGUAACAUGUACACUGUUGUUUUGUGCAUGGAAAUUAAAUUGUUCUCAACAA